AUGUCCAAGAAAGUAAAAGUGUUCGUCGAGGGUGCAUCUCCUGUCGAAGAAAUAUGUGACCAAAGGGGAAAUCUGUUCGAGGAAAGAGAUGAGGAGGAAGGAGAAAGAGGAGGAGAGCGGCAACAGCAAUAUCAAGCAGAGGCGCCGGAAUAUUACGCCCAUCGUGAGAAACUCGCGCUCAUUGAUCGUGAGAAGGACAUUGAAGCAAUAAACCGAACUGCCCUUCGACUUGCCCGAGAGGUCGCCGAUAAGACCGGUACCCUGGUCGCUGGUGAUAUCUGCAAUACGAACGCUUUCAAUCCUAAGGUUCCUAGUUGCAGGGAUACAGUCAAAAAUAUGUUCAAAGGGCAAGUAUUAUGGGCUGUGGAAGAGGGGGCGGACUUCAUCGUAGCAGAGACUUUUGGUAUCUUGGAGGAAGCCAUGAUUGCUUUGGAGGCCAUUAAAGAAUUUGGAAGCGGCCUGCCGGCAGUCAUCACCCUCGCUGCCUCUCAGAAGAGCCUGUCUUCUCUAGAUGGAGUAGACCUGAUAGAAUAUUUCAGGCGACUGGAGGCAGCUGGAGCCGAUGUAAUGGGGUUCAAUGCUCCAGGGGACCAGCCACCAUGUUGCCGUUCCUCGAAAAAAUAA